AUGGACAAUGGAAUUAAAACUGCUGUGUCCGCCAUGGAAGCCUUCGAGAAGCUUGAGAAAGUAGGUGAAGGUACUUACGGGAAGGUUUAUAGGGCAAGAGAGAAGGCUACUGGGUUGAUCGUCGCUUUGAAGAAGACGCGUCUCCAUGAGGACGAAGAAGGCGUUCCUCCCACCACUCUUCGCGAGAUCUCCAUCUUGCGCAUGCUCGCUCGCGAUCCCCACAUCGUUAGGUCUAAUUUCUGA